UUCUUCCACGUACACUUCUCAAAACACGUCCUUCAACUACGAUCCCUCAAGAUCGAGCGCUUGAGUUUUGAGCAUUCCUUCACUCACCAUCAGGAUCUAAUGGCCGAACAACUUCUCCUCGUCCCUGCCGAGCAAAUCAUUGAGACUUUGGGCUCACUGGCUGCCAAUAAGAUCGCAUUGCUCUGGGGUCUCAAAGAUGAGCUUCAAAGCCUGACCGACACCGUUUCAACAAUCAAAGACCUGCUUCUGGAUGCGGAGGAGAAAAAUGCUGCAGGAGACCCAGCAGUUAGACGUUGGCUCGGAAGGCUAGAAGAUGCCAUGUAUGAUGCGGAUGACUUGCUGGAUGCUGUUUCCACUGAAGCUCUACGGAGGGAAAUACUGACCCGUGAUGACAAGGCCAAACAGGUACGCGUUUUCUUUUCCAAAUCAAACCAACUUCUCUAUCGUCUUAAAAUGGCCCCUAAGAUUAAGGCCAUGAGAGAGAGGUUACAUGCCAUUGACGCCUAUAGGGAGAGAUUCCACUUGAAGGUACGCCCUAUGGAAACAAGUGUCGGGGGAAACAGGGGUAACACGCAUUCUUUUGUACGUGCGGAAGCAGUUAUUGGCCGAGACGAUGAUAAGAAGGCUGUUAUCCACCGUCUGCUGGACUCCAACGUUGAAGACAAUGUUUCAAUCCUUCCAAUUGUUGCCAUCGGUGGAUUGGGAAAGACUACACUCGCUCAACUCAUUUUCUACGAUGACCAAAUCCAAAACCAUUUUCAGCUCAAAAUGUGGGUGUGUGUCUCUGAUGCCUUCCACAUUAAAAAUAUUGUUGAAAAAAUCUUAGAAGCUGCAACAGACCAGAAACCAGAACCUGCUGAAAUGAAUACAUUGGUACGUAAACUUAAAAAAGAAAUCGAUGGAAAGAAAUACCUGCUCGUGUUGGAUGACGUGUGGAAUGAGGAUUAUGGAAAAUGGUCUGAAUUGAAAGUAGUGCUGAUGGGUGGUGCAAGCGGCAGUAAAAUAUUAGUGACUACACGCAGUGAAAUCGUUGCAAGAAUUAGUGGGACAGUUCAAUCAUAUUUCUUAAAGGGUUUAAAGGAAGACGAGUCAUGGUCUUUAUUGAAGCAAUUGGCAUUUGAGAAAGGACAAGAGCCGGAGGAGACUUCAAGCAUGGCAGCGGUUGGGAGGGAGAUACUAAAAAAGUGUUCUGGCGUCCCACUGGCCAUAAGGACAAUUGGAAGUUUACUACGCUUCAAAAAUUCAGAAGCAGAGUGGUCAUCUUUUAAGGAGAAUGAACUCUCACAAAUACGUCAGAAUGAAAAUGACAUCUUCCCAACUCUGAAGCUGAGUUAUUAUCAUCUUCCUUCACAUUUGAAGCACUGCUUUGCUUACUGCAGUUUGUUUCCAAAAGAUUACGAGUUUGAUAAAUUAAUAUUGGUUCAGCUCUGGAUGGCACAAGGGUUUGUCAAGUCUUGUGAUGGUCAUAACCGAUGCUUGGAAGAGGUUGGCAACGACUAUUUUAUGGAUUUACUAUGGAGAUCAUUCUUUCAAAAAGCCAGAAAAGAUGAGUUUGAUAAUGUAAUUACAUGCAAAAUGCAUGACCUGAUGCAUGAUCUUGCCAUAUCAGUGGCAGGAUCGUUGAUCACCACAAUAGAUGAUACCAUAUUAGACGAUAAGAAGAGAAGCCUUUACGAGAGAACUCGUCAUGUCUCAGUUGUUGGUUCAUCAAUUACAACUUCAUUGUAUAAAGCAAGUAGGAUACGAACAUUUCUUUGUGAUUAUCUCACUGUCUUCAACAUUUUAGAUUGUGAAGCAAUUAUUUCAAGUUCCAAGUUCUUGCGCGUGCUGGACCUGCACCGGAGAAAUCUCGAACUUCUGCCAAGCUCUAUUGGAAAGUUGAAGCAUUUAAGAUAUUUUGAUCUUACUUGUAACGAGAAUCUUAAGAAGCUACCCAAUUCUAUAUCCAGGUUACAGAAUUUGCAGACACUAAAACUCUGAUUUUGUAAAAAUCUUGAAGAAUUGUCAAGCUCUAUUGGUGAGUUAAAGCAUUUAAGAUAUCUUGAUCUUAAUUGGAAUGAGAAUCUCAAGAAGCUACCCAAUUCUAUGUCCAGGUUGCUGAAUUUGCAGACGCUAUAACUCUUAUAUUGUUUAAAGCUUGAAGAAUUGCCGAGAGAAAUGAAAGAAUUAGUCAAUCUCAGGCAUCUUGAGAUAGAUGGAUGUCAUCAGUUGACUUAUAUGCCACGUGGAUUGGGGCUACUCACUAAUCUCCAGACAUUAUCAAACUUUGUGGUCCACAAGGAUCCUCUCUUUCAGCAUAGCAGUGGGUUAAAAGAACUAAAAGGACUAAAUAACCUAAGGGGAGAGUUAGAUAUUCAAAAUCUGAGACAUGGAAAAGAUGGUGCGUCAGAAUAUAAAGAAGCAAAUUUAAAAGAGAAACAACAUCUUCAUGGUUUGCAUUUAGAGUGGAGUAAUGAAGAAGGUGUCAAUGCUUCAGACGUUAAUGUUGAUGAUGAGAUGUUAUUGGAAGUCCUCCAACCGCAUCCAAAUCUGAAAAGGCUUUGUUUAAAAGGCAAUUGGGGUUCAAGGCUUCCAAGUUGGCUUUUCUCGCACACAAAUCUUGUUUCAUUGGAAUUAUCAAACUUCACGAAAUGCCAAUACCUGCCACCAUUGAGUCAACUGCCUUCUCUCAAAUUUCUUGUGCUUAGCGAUAUGAAUGCUAUGGAGUACAUAUCAGACAGUGGUGACAACAAUGAGUUCUCUUCUUCUUUUUUCCCAUCUCUCAAGGCGAUCUACCUCAUAAAUUGCCCUAAUCUCAAGGGGUGGUGGAGGAGGAGGGAUUCUUCUGUGGAGGUCAAUAGUGAUAGUCAUAAUUCCAUUGAAAAUACAGAGCAUCCUUUACUCCCUUCCUUUCCUUGUCUCUCAAAAUUAAUUAUCUUGAAUUGCCCUAUGUUGACUUCCAUGCCAACGUUUCCACAUCUUGAAGAAAUGUUGUACCUUAAGAAUGCUAGCUGGAAGCCACUGCAACAGACAAUGAUGUUGAAUAUGGGAGCACCGCAAAGCCCAACGUCAACAGCAACAGCCUCCUCUUCAUCCACUCCUCUCUCGAAAUUGAAGUGUAUAAGUCUACAUUCCAUUGAAGAUCUAGAAACGCUGCCAGAGGAGGGGUUGAAGAACCUCACUUCUCUCAAGUUUUUAAUGAUACGGACAUGCAAUAGAUUAAAUUCUCUCUCCCCAGGUGUACAACAUCUCGCUACUCUUCAAGACCUGGAUCUUUAUGAUUGUCCUGAGCUUGAGCUAGCCAAUGUUGAGGAUGAGAUGCAAUGGCAAGGUCUUAAGAGCCUCCUCUCUUUGUACUUUUCACAUCUUCCGAAAUUGGUCUCUCUCCCAUUGGGGCUUCAACAUGUGACCACUCUACAAGAGCUCCUGAUUUCAGAUUGUGAAAACUUGACGGCUAUACCAGAGUGGAUCCACAACUGCACAUCACUUCAAGGGCUUGAAAUUGUUGGAUGGUCCAGUUUGACAUCACUGCCCGAAGGAAUGCGUAGCCUAACGUCUUUGCAGAGGCUGGAAAUUAACUGUCCCAUCUUAUUGCAAAGAUGCAAGAGAGAAGCAGGUGAGGAUUGGCCCAAGAUUGCUCACAUCCCAAAGUUGGAAUUACAGCAUUCGAAUUCAGGUACAGAACCAGCUAAAGAAAAGAAGAAACAGAGGAUUUGGAGCAUAUUCAAAAAAUCCAGGGGGUUGAAUUCAUGAUUCUUCACAUAUCCGGAGAAACAAUUAGCCUGUAUUCUUGCUCUUCCCACCACCUCUCUGCUGUCAUCUCAAACAAAAGACAGUCAACGAUGGCUUUUCUGUUAUGGAAAAUUUAUUACCCUAUAAACGUUUAGCUGAUGGAUCCAAAAGAGUACUCAGAUUCCUUAUUUUCUCAGUGCACAGGUAAAGCUGUUUACCUGAAAAAACAUGUUUAACUGCAACCAGUGUUUAGAAAUUGGCAGGGUCGAGAGACGGCAGUGUAAUGUUCUUGUGAAUUGAUUACAUUAUGUUAAUGGAAACCCCAAAACCUUUACCUAACUACACCCUUAAAUUUAACGGUCAUCGGGGUAUGCCAAAAUAACAAUGUAGU